AUGGCUCCCAUUUCCAUAUUACUCUUCAGUUCAAUUCUCUUAUUUUCAGCAUCUUCAACAGGACGUGCACUGAGCUUCAAUUACUAUGAGAAAACAUGUCCUGAUGUCGAGUUGAUUGUUACAAAUGCAGUGAAAAAUGCAAUGGUGAGAGACAAAACAGUUCCUGCAGCUCUACUUCGUAUGCAUUUCCAUGACUGUUUCAUAAGGGGCUGUGAUGCUUCUGUGCUGUUAACUUCAAAAGGCAACAACAAAGCAGAGAAGGAUGGGCCUCCUAAUGUUUCUUUGCAUGCCUUUUAUGUCAUCGACAAUGCUAAGAAGGAAGUGGAAGCUUUGUGCCCUGGCGUGGUAUCUUGCGCUGACAUCUUAGCAUUAGCUGCAAGGGAUGCUAUUGUACUUUCUGGAGGACCAACGUGGGAUGUCCCAAAAGGAAGAAAGGAUGGAAGAACAUCGAAGGCAAGCGAGACAAUACAACUGCCAGCUCCAACUUUUAACAUCUCUCAGCUGCAACAAAGUUUCUCCCAAAGAGGUCUAUCCAUGGAUGACCUAGUCGCUCUUUCAGGAGGGCAUACUCUAGGAUUUUCUCACUGUUCAUCAUUCCAAAACAGAAUCCGAAAUUUUAAUGCCACUCAUGAUAUAGACCCCACCAUGAAUCCUUCAUUUGCAGCAAGCUUAAGAAGUAUUUGCCCAAAAAGCAAUGCUAAGAACGCCGGUUCCCCUAUGGAUCCUUCUUCAACAACCUUUGAUAACACAUAUUUCAAGUCGAUCCUACAAGGGAAAACCUUGUUCUCUUCAGACCAAGCUCUGCUCACAAGUACAGGAACUAAAGAUUUGGUUUCAAAGUUUGCUAGCUCACAAGACGCUUUCUCUAAGGCAUUUGUGAAAUCCAUGAUCAAAAUGAGUAGCAUCACAGGAGGUCAGGAGGUUAGAAAGGAUUGUAGGGUGGUAAAUUAAGAAUCUCUCUGCGUGAUCAUGAAAUGAUUACUAUCUUUUGAUUGGAUGUAGAACAAGAAAUUUGUAUUGCUAAUAGCAUCCAUGGAUAAGUACUUUGUUUUA